UGAACGAGACACUUAUAUAUAAAAGCUCAGACGGUAUGGAUAUGAUUAUCGGCUCUGUGCCGCUGCUGGAUUUCUUCUGGUGCUUUUGUUUCUUCUUGACUCUUUCUUUUUCUUUUUCUCUCUUUCUUUCGAGCUUCAAUGGCUCUUAUUCGUUUACGCAAAUUCUUUUAUUAUUUCUCUCUGAGGAUGGGUAUCUCUGUCCUCUCGUUCUUUAAGAUGGUCGGUGGGACCGUCAUUGCAGCGGCUGGCUGGUUGCAGGUUGCCCAGCUAGAUGCACAUCCCUUGGCGGUUUUUGACACAUUCGCGUUAUAUUUCCAUACGGUAGUAUUCUCCCUCCUUGCCUUAGUUGGAUUGUUUGGGUUAAUUAGUGCAACAAUGAAGAAACGAAAUCCCGUCCAGGUCUAUGGCAUCUUCGUCGCCAUUAUUCUGGCAGUGAGCGUCGCAUCUGGCGUGGUGGUUCUGUACUCUUUAUUUCGAGCGAAAGAUGCACAGACUAUCAAACGAUGUAUGCACGGAGCCACAGACAGGUUGACGGAGAAUGUGUGUCAGAAUGGAAUAGCGAUAUUCAAGGCCACCGGUGUCGCCAUCUAUGUGGUAUCCUGGGCCAUCCUCGCAUACAGCUAUCUCAUUGCAGCAAGCUACGCUGCACACCCACGGCAGGAUGCAGAGGAUCAAGAGACGCAGUCGCCAGUAACGUUAAAAGGGAAGGCCAUCAGCGGUCCGGAACCAUUGGUGACCUACAAUUCCGUUGGUGCUCCUGGGUAUAACCAAGGAUAUGCGUUUUCGCGCGUACACGAGCCCAAGGAUAUCGGACAGGCUGUAUAGAGACUACAGAUAAUUUUUGGCCAUAUUAAGAUCAUUCGCUUCG